UUGGAGGGACUCUACAUGGUGAAUUUUAUCGGCUUCUGACGUAAUUUAAGUACUUACAUUGUACGGGGCAUUUUCAUACUUUUCGUAUAUUGUAAGCCCUAAAGUUCCAGUAAGUGCCCAUCUAUGUCUUUGAUAGAUAGUUUAGGCUAACAUAUUCCCAAAUGCCCAAUCCUCGAGCAGAAUCCACGCAGCAACUACAAUAAAGGAUAAGAGAACGCUGAAGCUAAGUCUUAUUAAGUGUUGAUUGGAAGCCGGGCAGGAUUCAGACAUGUGAGGAGAGAUGUGGAACGCUAGCCCAGGGGAUGCUGGCUACGCCAUGGGAAACCAUUGGUUACCGACAAUGCACUGCCAACGAAAUCAGUCCCGCAGCCUGAAGCACUAUAUGAACAGACAGGAAACUUGACUUUAACACCAUGUAUAAAAUGUAGGCGUAAGCUUUCAUCUAUCAUGGUGAUCAGAAAAUGCUGGCAUCAUUCAUCUAAUUAAUCGCAAUGUUGGUAGAUUCGGUGGUUCAACAUGCCAAGUCCAAACUUAUCCUGCCAUCCAAGGGGCAAGACCUUGAGGAAGAUGAGGAAAUCGAGGAAGAUGAAGACUAUGAACCACUUGAUGAACCCAUGAGGGAACCAGCAUAUCCGUAUCAACCACUUGGUGAAACCGAUAUUCGACUACUUCGAAUUGUACCAGGGACUGGUGAUGUUGAGUGUCUUCUCCAUCAGAUGCCUCUCGCCGAGGUCAGAUUCUUCUAUGCUCUAUCUUAUGUAUGGGGUGAUAUGAUGGACAAAAAGACCAUCAUACUCGAAGGGAAACCAUUCCAAGUCACGAAGAAUUUAUACGAAGCACUCCAUCAAUUUAGAGAGCGACCCCAUGAUCUCGGGUACCCUGAGGACUACUUCUGGAUCGACGCCAUCUGUAUCAACCAGCAAGACAUAGAUGAAAGAUCAAAGCAGGUAUCACGUAUGGUGGAAAUAUAUCACGUUGGCCACGUGGUCGUCUGGCUUGGACCUGUUCAAGAUUCACCACCAGGCAGUCUUUUCAGAAAAACCAUCCGGAAGGUUCGCUCAUCUCAGUCUGAAAUAUCAUCAGACCAAGCGAUAAAAACUCUUUUUAAGAAGGCCAACUCAAUGUGGACGGAAUGGGACCCGGUAGACGAUGAUGAUAAUAUAAUUAUAGAGGAUGAAUUUGGCGAUUCAUACGAUGCUGUAGUUUACGCGGCCGUGGAUAUCCUACAACGACCUUGGUUCCAAAGGGUUUGGACGAUCCAGGAGGCUUGUCUAAAUACCUACCCGAAUGUGUAUGUUGGGCGACACAGCGUGCGCUUGGAGAACUUCGUGAAACUCUUCAAGAUUCUUGCUACUCAACAGAAGUUCCUUUAUAUUCCCCCAGGGAGCGCGAGAAUCAUUUACCUGGAUAAGAUUAAUCAAUUAUACCAACAAACUAUCUUUGAUGGGGACGAGAACCCAAAGAAACUGGGUACAGCCAAUGUCCUUGCCAUGCUCCUCAGGGUCACUGGGCAGAAAAUCUCCUCGGAUCCUAGGGAUCAACUCUAUGGCCUGUUAGGUCUACUCAAACAUCUCGAUGGAGACGAGUUGCCGAAAGAGUUGGCUCCGGAUUACCAUCUGCCCCAUGAUAUCGUCUACUGGAAUUACGCUGCUUUCCUGUUCGAAUCUCUUGGAGACCUAAAAUUGCUUGACUGCCGGCGGAACGAACUCCAAAACGUGCCAUCUUGGGUCCCUGACUUCCGACACUUCUCCCUAGGGCCUGAGUUUAGGACCGAGCCAACUGUACGCGUAUCAUCUGACCGGAAGACUUUGCAGCUACGAGGUUGCGUGCUAGGAACCUUCCAUAGUGCUAUCCCUGGGCGAGCGCUGACGGAUAUCAUGCCGAACGCCAAGAAGAUACCACGCCAACUUUCAAACCACCUCGAGGAAUUUGAAAAGCGCAUUCUCACACCAUCGGCAACCAUAAGAAAAAUGACUGUCGAGGAUGUCGUCGACGAAAUGAUGAAAAGCGCGACCAGAAUCAUCUCAGAGGGCACUGUUUCAUUCUACCAUGUCUUUCAACAUCUAAAGGAAUCAACUCGAGAGAAGAGAUCACGGUCCGCCGGCAAGAAAAGGACAACUAACGUGCGGUGGAAAGAAGAAGCCAUCGCCGGGCAGUUUACUUCUCCUUUCAUAUACCUUGCCGACGGCACUAUUCUCCGCGUAGCAAGAGAUGAUGCUGAUGUGAAGGACGGUGACAUGGUAUGCAUAUUUAAAGGGGCAUGGGAGCCGAGUUUGGUGAGAGCCACUGGAGACAACUAUAUUUUCUUGGGUCGCUGUGUGGCGAAGGGCGGUCCACUAAAGGGGCAGAAAUUUGACGACGAUUUUUGGGCUGAUAAAGAAAUGCAGGAUUUCAAUCUGAUUUAGAUCUUGGGUAUAAGAAUUUCAUACACUGGUUCGUAUCAUAUAUUUCGUCACUAGGAGCGUAUACAGCAGCAUAGGUAUAUACAUAGUAGACGGGUACGAUUGAAGACAUACAUAGGAAAUAGGGGCGUGGAUAAUAGAAUGUUUAUUUAACCGUUUGACGACUCGUUUUUAUUGUAC